CAAGCGGAUCGCCUCAGUUGGUUGCUGAUUCUCCGACGAGUCGGUCGAAAAACCGGAGACAAGUAACCUUAAAAUACCCAACUAUAAAAAAACGCCUCUGUGAGCCAGAGGAACUUCGGCAAAACCCAAAAAAACCGAAAUUAAAAGCACAGAAACAAGUCAAGGGAAGUGACAAUAAAUCGACAACAAAAAUGCGUUGCCUGGCAUUAAUCGUGUGCCUGGCAAUUGCCGGAAACUUUUAUUUGGCAGCUGCCUAUAAAAGUGAGGUGGUGAUCACUCCCGACCCUUUGGACUCCAUGGAGACCACGACCAAGAAGUCCAGUUGGUUCGGCGGCUUUAAGAAGUUCUUUGGCAGUGGAGAUACCACGACCACAACCACCACCGAAUCCAGUCGGAAUGUGAAGGUGACAUCGACCACACCGAAACCAGUGGUGGCUACUCCAACAGCAGCCCAGAAGCCACCGCCACUUGUGAUUUCCCACGCCCCGCUGAUGCCGCUGGGCCCCCGACCCGAUACCCCGGGAUCGACUCCGUUUGGCGCCUCCCCGCCUCCGGCCAGUGGUCCCCAGUGGCCCAGCACCACCGCGACCAGUACAAAGCCACCCCAGCACCCAGUCCACCCGGCGCAACCCGGAGGUGGAGCCCCCAAUCUUCCACCUGGCUUUGCCCCGUACCGUCCACAGAAGCCUCAGCCGAAUAGCUAUGAUUUGAGUUACGGAGGAGGCGGUGGACCGGGCACAGGACGUCCCGGCUUUGGGUCGGUCAACCCAAUUACCAGCAGCACCACCACCACCACCCAGAGGCCCAAGUCACCUGGAGCUCAGCCAAAUAUCGACAUUCGUUUCUCGGGAAGCUCUAGCACGUCGACAACUACUACAGGAAAACCUCAUGUGGGUAAAGAAGACUUCCCCGCACUACCUGGACCUCGUAGACCCUCCAUCAAAGAGGACUUCCCAGCCCUGCCUACACCCAAGUCACCAGGUUCAGGAUCACCCACACCCACACCAGGAUCUCCCUCUGCCUGGCAAUCCCCGUUGCCCACGCCCCAACACCCAGUUCAUCCGACGACUAAGGCUACUCCAACAUCCACACCAGCACCGACAACGUCUACUACCAGAGGAGGAGCAAGGGGACCAGGAGUAGGUGGUGUAACAGGACAUGGAGGUUUCGCAGGACAUGGUGGAGUAACCACUUCAACAGUGCGUCCUGGUUUCCAGAGCUCCGGUAGUUCGGUGGCCACCGAUGACGAGAUCCGCCAGUUGACGGAGCAGUUGUACACCAAGGAAACAAACAGCCAGCUGGGAAACAUCCAGGUCAAUCUCCAGGGACGCACGCGAUCCAUUGAUAGUGCCGAUGAGGCUCCCAACCCCCUCCUCCGUGUGGAUGCCAAGGCCCUGGACAACCCCACUAUUGCCAAAAUGCGGGUGCUAUUCAACAACUAUGAGACGGAUACGCUGGUCAAUGAGCAUGUGACCCCCAAUGAACGUAAGGAGGAGAACGACUUCCUGGACGCCGUCAUGGCCACUCCGGUGAUGCGACAGGCCAUGCAGUUUCUCCAGCAAAAGGGUCUGGUCAGUCCCGAUCCGAAGACACACAGAGACCUUGUCAAGGAACUCUGGUUCACCCAAUAUUCGAGGGGGCAGGGCAAGAUUGGCAGCUCUGGAUUUGAGCACGUUUUUGUCCACGAGGUCAAGGACGGCACCAUUAUCGGCUUUCACAAUUGGGUCUAUAUCAGCGAGGAGGAGGAGGCGGGUAGGCUGGACUACAAGGGCUACAUGAAGGAGCAGGACAUUGGAACAAAGGGUAAAGUCGUGAAGAUCAGGUUCUCCCAUCAGGGUCUCAACAAGCCCGUGAACACGGUCUUCGUUGGCACUUCGCCUGAAUUGGAAAUCGCCCUCUACACAGUCUGUUUCCAACUGCGUCCUGAUCGCACUUGUCCCGUCUCCUUGGGCAACAGCAAGUUUGGCAUCAUCACCUAUUCCUGGCGCUAUAGGGGCAAGAACCUCAUUGGCAGUGCCUACCCGGAGAUUUAAAGGCCGGGACUCAGGACUGGACCUGUCCUAGCUUAGACUUAGCUACUCUUUUUUUUUUUUGUUUUUUGGUCGCUCUCGAUUUCAUAAAUA